GUUAACUGUUCUGAAUACUUUGUACCAGUCCUAACGGAAGUCGGUCUUUGUUUCACAUUUAAUGCACCAAACUCUUAUGAGAUAUACUCGGACGCAAUGGCAUCGGAAAUGAUUACCGUCAAAAACAAUCCGAAUUCGUCACAAUGGAGUUUGGAAAAUGGUUACGAAGUUAAAUCAAACGAAGCGGUAUACCCAGUUCGUGUGACAGAUACAGGCCAGCGUGUGGCUCUUGACGUUGUUCUUCUAUUUCGAGAAAGAGAUUUUACAAUGAACUGCACUGGCUUUAAUCAAGGGUUUCGAGUCAUUUUAACACCACCUGGCAUAGAACUAACAGUGCCGUGGAAUGCUUAUCGCGUGCCACUCUCAGAAAAUACACAAAUUGCGAUCACUCCCAAAUUAACCAUCACAUCAGAUGGACUACGCGGCUAUGAGCCGUAUCAACGUCAGUGUUUCUAUCAACACGAGCGUCAACUACGGUUCUUCAAUAUCUAUACUCAAGACAACUGCGAAGCGGAAUGUUUAGCGAAUUUCACGAAAACCGAAUGUGGUUGCGUGAAAUUCGCUAUGCCAAGGGACAAAAAUACACCAAUAUGCAACGUAUCGAGUCUCUCUUGCUGCGAAUAUGCCCAUGGAUUCUAUUUUGGGCGAAGCUUUUACACCACAUCUGGUGGAUGUAAUUGUUUACCCGCAUGCACAUCAAUUGAAUACAAUGCGCAACUUGACCGGGUUAAAUUCGAUUCGGUGGCCAUAAACAAAAUCAGUGGAAUUCAAACGAACCGAUCUGAGCCUGGCAUCCAGCAGACUAGAGUGGCUAUCUUUUUUUCCACCAUGGAAGUGGAAACGGUGAAGCGAGUGGUAAUGUAUACUGUUGGAGAUUUUCUAGCGAUUUGUGGCGGCUUGCUCGGUUUGCUCAUGGGCAUUUCAGCAUUGAGCAUCGUUGAACUUGUUUAUUACUUGACUCUUCGUUGGUUCUGGGCUAUUCGCAAUCAGAAAGUGGAAAAUGCUAUGGAAUCAUCUGAUUAGUACUAGAAAAUUCACCGAUUGAUACAACAUGUUAAAAAAAACCAGUUGAAACACUAAGAACAAUCUGAGAAACAACGUGAAUGAUUUUCAUGUUCCAGAUGGACGCUAAUUGGAAGCAAAUUAAAUUUUAAUCAAACACUAGAUCUUUUUGUCCUUUCAACCCACAAACAUAGUGUAAUACUUUCACGCAUUUU